CAACUUGCGAUGACGUAUUGCUAAGAGCAAGAAGGUGGCUGAUGGAUACAUUUGUGAGUCAAACCAGGAAGCGCUAUAUUGAUGGGACAACAGAUGAACAGAGAGAACCUGUGUGGAAAAAAUGUAAAGAGGAAGAAUGCAAUCAGGGGAUUGUAAAGGAGGAUGUGAAGGAGGAUGCCUAUUUGACUGAGUUCUCUAAGUCUUGGCAGAAGAUUGAAGCAGAGGGACUGGACUGUGACUAUGCUCUACUCUUUCCUAAAGAGGAAGCAGACUGCCUCUACACACAGCUGGAGGAGGAGGUAGUCUACCUCACAGGAGAUAAAACAAAGAUUCAGGUGUUUGGGAAGGUCUACAAUGUCCCCAGAAAGCAGGCGACUUGUGGGGACGCAGGACUAACCUACACCUAUUCUGGAGUGAGUCUUCAGGCUAGCCCGUGGACUCCAACCUUGGAGUACAUUCGUGAUGCUGUUACAAAGGCGACAGGGCAAACCUUCAACUUCGUCCUGAUUAACAGGUACAAAGAUGGACAUGAUCACAUGGGUGAGCACCGUGAUGAUGAGCGGGAACUGGACCCCCUCUGUUCCAUCGCCUCCGUAUCCCUGGGGGCGGUCCGGGACUUUGUCUUCAGACAUAGGGAGUCACGGGGAAAACAGUGCCGACGGCAGAUCAACCCGGUGAAGCUGGAACUGGCCCACGGAAGCCUGCUCCUCAUGAACUCUCCCACAAACACCCACUGGUGCCACAGCCUGCCAGCCCGCAAGAGGGUCCUCACACCCCGCAUCAACCUUACCUUCAGACGCAUCCUCCAAGACGGCAAGAAAUGAGGGUCAGACAUGGUCCGUUGGGAGUCUCACUUCAUUGUGGCUGACGUCAGGGGACGUACUAUCUAA